CAACGCUCACUUCCUCGUAUGAUAGGCUCUUCCUCUCAGUCUUACACGCAUUGACUCUGAAAUUACUUAUUCUCUGAUGGGAUUGCUUUAAUCUAUGACGCAAAAAAAGAUCCAAAAUGAGACUGAGCUCCUUUUUAUGUGUACUUUUUGUCUGUGGAUGUUUCAGUCCUCACUUGGCGAAACAGACUGGACUCAAGAGGAAGACUGUCAAUGACAGACCUGUGACUGGUAUUUUGACUCAGAUAGUUUCAGAUGCAGCGAUGAAACCAUACGGGAGCACCUACAUACCCGCCUCCUAUGUCAAGUACAUUGAGUCUGCAGGAAGCAGAGUCAUGCCCAUCAAAUUGACUCUUACUACUGCAGAGUAUGAAAACAUAUUCAGGAGGAUAAAUGGCCUCCUCCUCAUCGGUGGCGCCUCUAAUUUGGAAACAUCUGACUUUGCAAGGGUGUCAAAGAUAUUUUAUCAGCUUGCUCUGAAGGCCAAUGACGCUGGAGACUUCUUCCCAAUUUGGGGGACAUGCUUGGGAAUGCAGCUGCUCACUGUCCUGGUAGCCGGGCAAAAUCUUUUGACCAAAGCUACAGCUGAAAACGUGGCCUUGCCUCUCAACCUGACACCAGCAGCCUAUACCAGCAGGAUGUUUGAGGGUUUCCCUAAGGAGCUGAUGGAGGCUGUGCAAAGAGAACCUCUCACUGGUCAUUUUCACCACUAUGGACUCACAGUGAAGGCUUUCAAGAACAAUGAGAAACUGCAAGGAUUCUUCACUAUAAUAUCUACAAACACUGGUGAAAGUGGAGUUGACUUUGUCUCAACCUUUGAAGGCAAGCAAUACCCUUUCUAUGGUGUGCAGUGGCACCCGGAGGUGAAUCGUUUUCAGUGGGACAGUAAACUGAACUUUCCUCACUCGCCUCACGCAGUCCAGCUGUCGUCGCUUGUGGCAGAGUUUUUCAUCAAUGAAGGCUCUUAUACCCGCAAAGAGCUACUGAACAUCAGAUCUAUCACCCCUACGGACUAGAGUCAGCUGCGGAUUUGGUCCAUUCCUUGAUCAAAAGAGGGAAACUGCACCGAAGAGGAUCAUGCACGCCUUUACCUGGCAUCUUUCUCUCCGUCUGCUCACUUCCCAACAAGAUGGACGAGCUAGCGUUGCUGAUGAGAAGAAACAAGGACUUUUUCUCAUCUUGUGUUUUGUGCUUCACGGAGACGUGGCUGAGUGAGAGUGUCCCGUGAGAUCAUUUCAUCCAUACUGGUGGCUGCCUAUAUACCGCCCAGCGCGGACAUGCAUGACGCUCAGCGCACGCUUGCAGGCCAGAGCUUACAUGAGGAACUGUCAAAACGUGAACUAUGAUGUGGUUUGUUUUCCCGGAAUGCAAAGGAACUAGACCGGACAAGUAAAGACAUGUUUAAUUAACCACUAUGAAAAAAGUGCAAACAAAAGGCGCGCACAAGGCGGGGAACAAACUUGGCUAAUAAAACAAAAAAAAACUAGCACAAAGGCAGAACUAUGGACGUAAAAAUGAAAGACACUAACUGUGGCAUUUAACAAACCAAACUUACUUGUGGUGACGUGAGCAGGGCCGCAUGACAUAGGUAUGAAACACAGAGUACAGAGCACAAUGAAGCCAGGCCAACUGCCUGGCAACUACAAGCUUAAAUAAUAGUGACAUGAUUAUUGACAGGUGCGUGAGUUCAAGUGAAUCAGGUAAACUAAUUGGUCGUCAUGGUAACCAAACAAGGGAGCGUAAACAGGAACUAAAAAGAUUCUUAAACCAACAGAACAUAAGUAAACAAAACGUGAUCACAAAGACAUGAGAGGAACGGUCUUUUCCGGACUCUCUUGUUAUCGUACUUGGUGACUUUAACGAGGGAAAUUUGAGCUAGGAAUUACCCAAAUAUAGGCAGUUUAUCAAAUGCCCGACCAGAGAUGAGAACACUUUGGAUCACUGUUACACCGCAAUAGGCAAGGCAUACCAUGCAGUCCCGCUGACUAUCAAUUCACGUGAUGUUGCAAUUAAUCCCUUCAUACAGACAGACUGAAACUGGGUAAAACUGUUAUGAAGACCAUUAGGUGUUACACCGCUGAGGCUGUAGGGGAGCUGAGCGCAUUUUUAGAGACGACAGACUGGGAGGCAGUUGGAGCGGCCACGAACAAUCUGGACGAGUAUACGGACACCGUGACCUCAUACAUUCAGUUCAAUGAGGCGCGAAUCAUUCCAAUGCGCACCAGGGCUUGUUAUAACAACGACAAGGGGGAAGCAAAGUACCACUUCAACGGAGAAGUGGAGAAAGCUAAAUCUGUGUACUCUAACCGUCUGCAGGAACCGUUCAGCUCCAACAAUUCUGCGGUCGUGUGGAGAGGGCUGAGGGCCCUUAGGAACUAUAACCCCAAAGCCCCCCGGCCCUGAAUGACUGGACUCUCACUCAGGGCCUCAACAUACAUUGUUGUCAUGAACGGCCCUCGGCUCAUCAAAGCUCUGCUCCCCCUACCAUCACCCCAGCUAAAUCUUUAGUGAUCCACAAGGGAAAUUGUUCCACACAGUACCUCAGUUACCAUGAUGGAAAGUGUUUGUUUGAUUGAUUGAUUGAUUGAUACUUUUAUUAGUAGAUUGCACAGUUCAGUACAUAUUCCGUACAAUUGACCUCUAAAUGGUAACACCCCAUAGACGGGCAAACUCUUCAGGCCAAGACUCAACUGUCUACUUGCACCUCAGGGAGAAACAGCCCUCCUUUCAACAGUUCUUAAAAAACUCUGCAAAAUAGCCUGCAACAAAUAACAGGAGUUAGAAACAUUCUGGUCACAGAUGCUUCUUGUGCCGUUUGUUUUACAACUGAAAGGAAUGCUAACAUGAGUGAUUCCAACUAUUUUGGGCUGAUUGUGGUGGCUCCACAGCGAUCGUUCUGCCACACAAUACAAUUACCGAGGGGUAAUUCCACUUCAACAUGUUUGAUUGCUCGUUUGCAUCUCAACAGUUGAUUUUCUCACUGAUAAUGGCAAAACCAUCCUUGUCCGCACAAAACCUCCUGUGUUAGAGUAUAAAUAUUUGGGGUAUUUGGCACCAGCCACUUGACUAGAUCUGACUAACCUAAGUCUUUGAGCAUGAACUAAUGAAGCCUAAUUAGAUGAGAGACGAAACGUCUUCUGAGGCAAACCUAACAUUCCAGGUGCGAUCGAUUGAAUGCCCUGAGAAUACAGUGACUUGGAUAAAUGAAAACUUCCAUUGAAAAAUGUAGACAGGUGUGUGCUUUUCCAAAGCAUGUCCAAUCAACGGAAUUUACCACAGGUAGACUUUAAUUAAGCUGUAGGAACAUCUCAAGAAUGAUCAGUUGAAACAGGAUGCACCUGAGCUCAAUUUUGAGCUGUACGGCAAAGGCUGGUAAUACUUUUGUAUGUUUCUCAAGGUUUGUCAUUGUAUCCCAUUGGGUUGAGUUUUUUCUUGCCCUAAUGUGGGAUGUGAGUUUGGUGGCUUGUGCAGCCCUUUGAGACACUCGUAAUUUAGGGCUAUAUAAAUAAACUUUGAUUUCUAUGUUUUACAUUAUUUGUAAAAUUUCAAAAAUCUUUCCAAUAAAACCCAAAAAUAAUUUUCAUAUUGACAUUAGGGGGUAUUGUGUGUAAAAUUUCAGGACAAAAAUUAAUUUAUUGCAUUUUGGAAAUAAAGCUGUAACAUAACAAAAUGUGGAAAAAGUGAAGCGCUGUCAAUACAUUCCAGAUGCAUUGUGAGCUGGCCAAUUGUGUUCUUGUUGAGGUUUUGUUUUCAAUAACGUAACUGUGAGCAAGUUGCAAACAGCCUCUUUAACAAUCAUUAAAUGUCAAUUCUGUUGUAACAAUAACUCGAUUGCAAAUUGUUAGUUUUUUCUCCGGGAUUGCUUUUCUGUGUUGUUAGCUAACAAUAGCGAUUUGAAUUACUAACCUAUGCCGUCAUUGAAUGUAUUGUCUGUAUUGUCUGUAUUGUAACAACAACGGGAGUUGAAAUUGUUAGUUGCUUCCCUUGGACUGUUUUUUGUGUGUAAUGUGUAUGAGACAGGCGUGAGUGGCAAGCCUGAACGCCAAACAAAUUCCUAAAACCAACAAAUUUGUAUUCAUUAUAAUAAGUAAUUUUAAC